UAUUACGGCUGAAGUCCUCUUGGUGACGCUCUGCUGACAUCACUGAUAUUCCCCACUCAGCUCUCCGCACCAGACACACGGAGCUCCAGCGACUCUCACACACUCCGUCCACACUUUCGCUCCUCUCGCCGUGGCACCAUCACACACAGAGCAGCAGCAGCAGCAGCGGGCUACCUGUGCGCACUGCGGCCGGCCCCUUCUAUCUGUCACUAACAGAAGGGAUACCGAAACUAAACACGGUCCAGGUUGAAGAGAGAGAGAGGACGGGCAUACAGAGAACGGGGGAAAGAGAAACCGCAACUUGACUUGAUUUCAACCCAGGCGGUGUGAACUGAACUCAGAAGUUUCUUGGCUGAUCGGGGAAGGAAUAAUUCGGAGCCCGGCUGCCCCACACAGCGCUGUUGUGGAUAUUUACGUUCACCUUGUCUCCUGUUUAGAAGAAUGGCGAGAGAUUACGCAGCACGCUGCCCGGUCUCUCUGGUGAGAAACACUUGGCUGGUGGCGACAGCGAUCCUCCUCGCAUCCCAAGGGUUUGGGGCUCAGAAAGUACGAGUGGAGGAGGAGCUGGAGGCGUAUCCCACAGAGUCCGUUGAUCUCCGCUGCGAGUUUAUCGAUGGAGGAGGCCGCACCAAACUCACACAGGUGUCUUGGAUAUGGGAACCCAUUGAUGGUCAAAGGGACAACAUCGCUGUAUACCACCCGCUCUAUGGACAGAGUUUCCCCAACCUCUCCUUCAAAGACCGAGUUGUCUUCCUCCACAACAGCCUGGAGAACCCGUCCAUUAGGAUUUCUAACCUAAAAAUGUCCGACGCUGGCCGGUAUACCUGCGAGUACGCCACCUACCCUUCUGGAAACGAACAAGGGACGACCACCCUCGUCAUGCUUGCCAAGCCUAAGAACUCCGCCAAAGUUGUGACCGCGCAGGCCGGGACCAAGUCUGUGGUGGUGGCCCAGUGUGAGGCGGCGGACGGCAAACCGGCUGCCACUAUCAAGUGGCUGGCGUCGGUUGGGGGCAACCACUCAACCAGCACCACGGACGGGCCGGACGGCACGGUGACGGUACGCAGCGAGUAUCGGCUGGUUCCCACGCCGGCAGAUAACGGCAGGGAGGUGACAUGCAUGGUCGACCAGAGGACACAGGAGCGGCCGUGGGUUCACUCUGUCAAGCUCUCUGUGGAAUACCCCCCCUCUGUAUCCAUAGAGGGCUACGACAACAACUGGUACGUUGGCCGUUCAGACGCUGUGCUGCUCUGCAUGGCAAAUGGCAACCCUGAGCCCACCACCGUCACCUGGACCGCGGCGUCUGGUGCUCUGCCAGACACAGUGGUGGUGAGCGGCAACAAGUUGACGGUAAGGAAAGUGGACGACGCCGUCAACACCACUUUCAUCUGCGAGGUCAAGAACAAGCACGGGGCCAGCAGUCACCAGAUCACCACCAUCGUCAUCGAAGAGAAGAGGCAAGUCACUCCGGGCCCGUCGUCAGGUGCCGUUAUCGGUGGUAUCCUCGGCGCUCUCGCCUUCAUCGGCAUCAUCGGCGGCAUCAUCUACUUCAUCCGCAAACGCCUGGAGGACGGAGAGGGCCCCCCCAAGCACAAGCCCCCUCCCCCGGUGAAGGCAGGCAGCUCAACAGAGAUGCUGACCAAGCCAUCAAAGCCUCCCACGACCACGGAGAUGGCCCCUCUCAGCCCGGGAGAGGUGUACUACGAGCCCACAGGGGGAGAGCCUGUCACGAACCUGGACGAUGAGACCAGCGGAGCCCUGAAUGGCGGCGCCCCCCCAGUCCUGGACGACUCGGCCAAAUACGACAAAAUCAACGAGCUCAAAGACCGCGCCGCCGACAGUCAUCACGGCAACGACUUGGAUCCAUCCAAUCACGAGCCAUCGGCUGGCAACAUUUCUCGCGGCGAGAGCUUCGUAUCUCCCGCCAUGUAUGUGUAGCCGUGGCAACCAGAGCACCACAGCACGGGCGUAUGGGCAAGUUCCAGGUCACCUAAAUUUGCAUGAAAAGCAAACACACUUGAUCUCACAGUAGAUAUAUCUUCUGUUGUCCAUGAAACGUUCCAAAAAUGUAAAGUUCUAUCUUACAUAAGAUGACUUUCUUGCAUCCAAGUUUAUUUUUAUUUACCGGGCACAUUUAGGGGGUGUUACGGGUCAAAACGUUCUUGCAUCUCCUUGUAAAAACAGGUUCUUCAGUGUUUUCAUUUCUGGUGAAGCCACUUGUGACGACUGACAAAUACUAAGUAUGUCAGUAAGGAUUUCAAAUAUCUGAUUGUGAAAGUACAAAAUAUCAAAACACACACACACACACACACACACACACACACACACACACACACACACACACACACACACACACUAGUUCAUGAUAUCUGACAAGCCAGGUAGCCAUUAAAAUCAUGCAGGCUUUUACAAUACGUUAAUUACAUGGUUGAGAGGUGUUGCAAUGUAGGUGAACUGGAACACUCCCCUCAGCUAAUUAACACACCGCGCUCUGCCUGUGUGAUGCUUGCAAAUCUGAAUUUCAGCCCAAAAACAUCAAGACAAAAGCAUUUCAAGUAGAUUCAGUUUGAAAUAAUAUAUGCAACAUUUUGUGCCAUGAACAUACAAUGUCCCCAUCACAAAAUGAUUGUUUUUGUGUGAAGCUGCCAGUCCUGGGCUCUUCUGUUUACAGCCGUGGAAAGUGAUUUGAACAUCUUUUUCUCUCCAAGUAAAGAUCAAACAUCAGGCUCGUAUUGCAGCCUUGUACUACAGAGAAAGUAAAUACCAUUUUUUUUAUAAUUUUCAAAGUAUUCUUUUUCCACGGUUGAUUGGGUUUGAAUUUGGUCCCAGGAAGUUCUGGCUCUCCAAGCAGCUUAAUCACUCAAGAUGUUUGAAAGUAUUUCAGUUAUUUAUUGACUCCUACAAUAAGAAAAAAGAAAAAAGAGCCUUCCCCACUCUUGCCAAGGCUACAGUUCGUUAAAGAAACAUUCCACUUUAUUAUGUUGUCAAAGAGCCUCAUCUGUCCCCCGAGCGACAGGCAGCUCGUUAGCACUAACGAAGGGGAAGUGACGUUGCUUUGAAGCUCCGUAACCUGGCAACAUUACAUGAUUAAGAUUCCAUGAUUCAUAAUUGCAAGAGUUGGUAAGGCUGUUUGUGCUGGGGAGAUGAAACACGGUUUACAGCAAAGCACAUACACCCCACAGGGUUCUUCAUGUGCACACGGACACACACACACACACACACACACACACACACACACACACACACACACACACACACACCCCAACGUUUGUAUUCAGUCCUCCUCUAAUCGCACUCAUAAGGCAGAAAAAACUGUGUGAGUGUGAAAAUGCUCAGCAUGUAUUAGAAAGUACUGCCAUUAUAGCCAUUUUAACAGAUUAAAAUGGUCACACACUCUGAUACAUGCAGAACAUUUUACAUAUUUAUAUAUUACAUUUUAGCCGAAUGUCCACUUUAGAGUAAAGAAAAAAAAUGAGCAACAGCUAUGCCUGGCUGAAUCAAAAAUAUGUUUUCAUAGAUGUUGGAUGGUACCAAAUGAUGAACAAACAGUGUAAAUAGUAUUGAUAAUAUUGAUGAAUAAUAUAUUGUUGGUGAAAUGUGUACACAUAAAAAAAUAACCAAGUGUAGGUGUUAUCAGUGCCUCUGUAUAGGGGAAGGAAGUUUGUUAAAUGUCCAAUUGAGCGAUUUAAAAAACAAAAGUGUAUAUUACUAUUUUACUUUUCACGGGUAUACAUUGAGGUUGUCACUUAAUACUAAAAUGUUUUAUUUGAAUAUAUAAAAAAAAAUGAAAUGGUGUGAAUUUUACUCCUUGUUCAUAUUACUCUGCAUGGCAUGAUCGGUGGCUUGUUGAAACACUUUCCCAAGGCUGUUUGCAGAAUCUUCUCCAUUUGUAAAAACAUUUUUGAAUGUAAAAAAGAAAAAAAAAAAGAAAAGCUGUUUUAUUUUAUUUUUUUAUCUCCGUCUUAAUGCAUCUGUCACAUUCACGCACACCACGAGCACAAGUCCAAUUUAAGUUGAGAGAGCGGGAGUCUUUUUGUCGCGUGGCGGCUCGGCAGGCUUCCUGUUUCUGUCGUUAGCGAUGUUCCGAAAAAUGCAGUCAGCAUUGAAUUGUCAUCUCUCGCGGCCACACGGUGCAAAACACACAGAGAUGCAAUCCUUCCUCUCCUCAAGGCACACACAUCUUCUUGAGGUAUAAUAGCGCUAUUUUAAAUCACCCAAAAAGCACCGUCAGGUGGCGGACACACUGCAGGUGUAAAAGUUGAUAGAGUUGACAGAUAGAGAUUAAAACAGGAGGAGAGAUACAUAAACCAUAAUGAUAGAAUGGUAAGAUGACAGGAAGCAGACGUGGGAGGUCUGAAAGGAUUACGGCGAGAAAAAGGAGACAUUUCUCAUGACAGCUUUCACUUUCUGUGAGAUCGGCACGAAAUGCAAUAUUUUUAGUUUGACGUAUGACAAUCAUCUGUUAAUAUUCAAUCGCGCUGGCUUUGGUGGAGAGGUUUAUUUUCUGUGUUUACAUGUUUGUAGUUAUUAUAGAAGCACCACUUUCUGCUGCAGGCUAACCGAAAUACUGCUAAACGUUUGACACAAUUUCAUUUAUCGUAACAUAUGGUACGUAUGGUGUGGAAAUUGGUUGGAUAGUUUAGUUGCAAUAUUUGGUUGACGUCGCAGUAUACAUUCAGGAUAGAUGCAGGAUUAUUAGGCACUUCUACGAUCGCUAACGGUGAAAACGUUUCUUUUACGUCUGUUUUUUGUGUCUGAGAUGUUUAUUUCAAUUAAAGGGAACGUCUGCAUGCUGCAUGGACCAAUGGGAUAUUUUUUAGCAAGAAGAGUCGGAGCCCCAUGACAAGUGCAUGGCUUUCUGACUCGCUUAUAUGGUGCAGUGUCAGACAAUCACGUACGAUGUAUUUUAUAUCCCUGCCAGAGAUCACAAACGAAUGAAGGGCAAUGUGACGGUUUUGCUCUUUUGUUUGCAAAUUAAUUUCCUAAAAUGGAGUGAAUAUUUAUUUUUCUGUGGAUUAAUGUUUAAUGUGUUUGCCAGCGGGCUGCUGUUGAUCGAUCGAGCAUAAAGGAAAAGACAAUCAUUGGGAACCAUUGUACCAGAGACCAAUGACUCAGCAAGCAUUCAGUAUUGAGUUUCAGCUCUGCAGUCUUAUAUGAGGGAUCAUUCAGUUUUACCCAGAGCCUUACGUUUAUAGAGUUGCUUCAUUUGGAGGUAUCUUGAAUUAGAAUCUUGACAUCGGCAGGAAUGCAGUCAUGAAACUGCCAACUACAACGGAAAUUGCAAAGAAAUAUUAGCCCGCAAGUCAGUUUACACGAGGUAUUUGUCAACAGUUGUAAGAGGGUGAUGUGGGAGAACUGCAGUGAUUUCAGAUGCAAUAGUUGUUACAACAAUGUCCGUGGUCCGUCCCGUCUGCAACAGCUGCAGUGUUGAAUUUUGGCCAAGGUGCUUCGCUCCGUUCCCCACUCCCCCCGUUACGGGUUCGAUGCCAAAAACACAAGCUGUGAAUGUCCUCAAUGACGCUGUUCGGUCUGAAUCCGGUCCUCUCCCUCAUUUGCCCUCGUUCUUUUUCCCCCCCUCUCCGUCUCUCUCUUUCAUCCAUUGUCAUCACAGCUUUUCGUCACGGAGCCAGACGUGCCUUCUUUAUGUUAUUUUUAGCUUUUCGAUUCUCACACUUCUUGUCCGACAGUAGAACGGAUGAUGAAAGGGGGAAACAUACGAGCACAUGAUGGGUUUGGGUUUGACGUUGAGGAUGGCAAUGCUAAAAAAAAAACACACACACAUACACUGGAGAUGUAAUCAUAUUUUUGUGUUUAUCGAUUUUCUUUCAUUUCACGGAUCGAUUAUCAUUUUGUAUGCUUUUUGGGAAACCUAUUGUACAUGUUUUACAGAUCAUUGUCUUGUCAAAUAAAAUGUAAACCAAAA